ACCAGGGAUCGAUCGAUUGUGGGCGAUUUUUCUUUUUCGUAUGGAUGUUUUACUGGUUGAGUUGUCCUAUUUCGGAUCAGAACUUUUUUUCAAAGAUGGCAGAAGACCAUGAGGUUUUGAAGUCAAACCAUAUAUCCAAGGAUCAAUCGCCUGCACAAAACACCUGCAAAAUAUAUACAAGUGUCAAGCACUCAGAGGUUUUACUUAGUGGUCUAGUAGGCCUCCGUGAUGCAGGCAUAUUGUUUGACGUGGUCCUCAAGUUGGAAGGAAAAUGUGUGGAAGCUCAUAGAAUCCUUCUGGCCGCAUCUUGUGAUUAUUUCAGGGGGAUGUUUGCAGGAGGUUUGAGAGAAAUGGACCAGCAUGAAGUUCAGAUCCAUGGCAUAACGUAUAAUGCAAUGUGUAAGAUCCUGGAUUUUAUAUACACAUCUGAGCUAGAGCUGGGUGUCCACAAUGUACAGGAGACGCUGGCUGCUGCUUGUCAACUCCAGAUUGCUGAAGUUAUUGCCUUCUGCUGUGACUUUCUCAUUUCCUGGGUGGAUGAGGAAAAUGUGGUGGAGGUAUACAAGCUGGCCGAGCUUUUUCACCUGGACCAACUUAGUGAACAGUUGGAUACGUUUGUCCUGGAAAAUUUUAUUACAUUUUCACGCACUCAAAUAUACAGACAGCUUCCGCUGGAAAAAGUGUAUGCUCUGCUCAGCAGCAACAGAUUGGAGGUGGGAUCAGAAAAUGAGGUAUAUGAAGGAGCUUUACUCUACCACUACACCUCAGAGCAGGUGGAAACGGAUCAGGUGAGCCUGACGGAGUCUCCAAAGCUACUUGAAACUGUGCGCUUCCCCUUGAUGGAGCUACCAGUCCUGCAGAGGCUACAUGACAAGCUGGGGCCGUGUCCCCUCAAAGUGACUUUGUCCAGAGCUCUGGAAUAUCACAAGAAUGAGAUCACGCAGCCAGUGCUACAGGGGCCACACACACAGCUGCGCUCCGAGUUCAACUGCAUAGUGGGCUUUGGAGGGAUGUUCUCUGCCCCUUAUACUGUACUCAGUGAUCAGGCCAAAUAUUUGAAUCCUCUGAUUGGGGAAUGGAGACCACUAACAGCCCCUCAAGCCCCACGCAUGUCUAAUCAAGGCAUUGCAGUGCUCAAUAACUUUGUCUACUUGAUUGGGGGAGACAACAACGUGAGAGGGUACCGUGCAGAAGCACGAUCUUGGAGAUAUGACCCCCGACACAACCGCUGGUUCCAGAUCCAAUCCAUGCAGCAUCCCCGUGCUGACUUGUGUGUGUGUAUUUUGGGCCAAUAUAUCUAUGCAGUAGCAGGCAGGGAUUACCAUGAUGAGCUGAAGGAGGUGGAAAGAUAUGAUCCAUGCACCAACUCAUGGGAAUAUGUGGCACCACUUCAUAAAGAGGUGCAUGCGCAUUCUGGGUCAGCUCUUGGUGGUAAGGUGUACAUAUCUUGUGGAAGGAGGGGAAACGCGUACCUAAAGGAAACUUGCUGUUAUGACCCAGAAAAAGAUCAAUGGACAUAUGUUGCCUCAGGGCCAGUAAGGAGGGCAUGGCAUGGCAUGGUGUCUAUUCUGGAAAAAACAUAUGUGAUUGGAGGAAGCAAUGACGAUGAAGGCUUUCGACAAGAUGUUUUGGAG